GCUGCGCAUGUGCGGCUUCAUGAGCGACACAGUAAGUUGCUUCUUCACGUGUGAAAUAAACUGCAUUUGAAAAGCCAGUGAAGUCGAUUUGACUUUGGAUUUCAGAAAGCAGAGAGCCUUUUAUUAUCGUCCAUCUGCCGUGGUUUGUGUUUCAGGUGAUCAUGUCCUCUGAAGAGCUGCUGUGUGUAGAUUAUGAGGUGUUUGGGAGGGUGCAGGGCGUGUUCUUUCGGAAACACACCCAGUCAGAAGGAAAGAGGCUGGGUCUGGUUGGCUGGGUGCAGAACACUGAUGCUGGGACGGUCCGAGGGCAGCUGCAGGGUCCGGCCUCCAAACUCCAGCAGAUGCAGCAGUGGCUGCAAACCACCGGCAGCCCUCAGUCACGAAUCGCCAAAGCAGAGUUCAAGAACGAGCGGCCCGUUGACAAACUAGACUUCAAGGGUUUCAAAGUUGUUCGCUAAUGACAGAACUCAAUUAGUAUUUAUUUAUUUAUUUUAUUUUUGACCUAUUGUUCUUAUUGACAUUAUAUAAUCUCUGUUCUAUAAUUUCAGAGUUCUGUGUUCUGUAAAACACUCUCAUCCUGAUGUAAUAAAUAAUAUAAUAGACUUAA